AUGAACGCUUAUAACAAUCAGCAUAACUAUCAAAAAACAGAUUCAAUCGAAUUACCAAACAGUAUUAAUCAAGAUAGUAAAACACCAUUUAAUCAGUUUCAUAAUAAUAAUCAAUUUUAUGACAAUCAAAUACAACAACCAAGUAGUCAUCUACAACAACCUCAAGAAAACAAUGAUAACAUGCAAUUUUCUAAAAACAAUACACCUUUUAAAAAUGAAAAACCAUCUUCAUCAUUUUGUAGUAUUUUGUUUAGUACAAAAACAUCAUUGAUUAUACUUACUAUUUCAAUAAUACUAGUUAUUAUCCUUCUAAUAUUUGAAGAUGAGAUUAAAGACUUUUUCAAAAUCAAAAUAGAUGAUAUGAUAGAGAUAUUAUUUGAUACAUUACUUUGUUUCAUACUACUUUCUAUUGUAAUUCUAAGUAUUAGAUUUAUUAUAUUUCUAUUUAGAAAAUGCCUUAAGUAUGAUUAA